AUGCACUCCUUGAUUGCCCUCGCUAACUCUUCCCCUCUCGGCCGCCUUAGGUCCUCGCCCCUCUCCGUCUACCCUGGACAUCCCGCCAUGAUGCACUCCAGGGCCAACUCCUCCUCUUCUUUCCGUCCCGGACAUCCCGUCAUGAUGCACUCCCGGACUGGAAUUUUUGCUCUCAGGACUUGUCUGAAGGCGCCUCCUACCUCGGCUGAUUUUCUGUCCGCUCUUUCUUCUUUCACUCCACGGAAGAAGAAGAAGUCAGUUUGUUGGCCCAGUGAGGAUUCAUCUCUCGCCCAAGUUCGCUACAUUCCAUCUCGAUAUGACACGGAUAAAGAACUCGAGCCUGAGCCCAAGUCCAAGCUGACCGCUAUUCUUUUCGCUCCUUCUGGCCGUCUUACUUUCGCUCGUUUUAUCGUCAAGCUUCCGGGUUCCCGAUCUCGUCCUCGGUUCGAAGCUCGCCCGUCCCUUGCUUGGUCGAGCGUGCGACGUGCCCGGGUUCAGGGAAAACUUCCAGUGGCUCCGACUUCCAUUCAUUUUUUGAUCCCUCCUCCAUUGGUCGCUUUGGACAAAUCCUCGCGGACUACACCUGUCGACUUUGCACCACAAAUUGCUCUUGCCACCAGCAAGAUUCAACAUGUGUCUGCUCCCACAUCACAGGCCCUUGUCUGUCUCCCUCCAAAGUCUUCGCCUGUUCAGGGGUUCUCACCUGUCGACGCUUCACCUCAGCCUGUGUCUGCCGCCAGCAGUUCGCAGUAUGAGGUUGAUUCCACGUCCCAGGUUAUCAUUCGUUUCCCUCAGGCUUUGACCAUGGUCAAACGCAGGAUCAAUCCACUCUCUUCGCCUCUGGCUCAAUUCGGUCUGCUUGUUCUUGCCCUUGGCUUCCUCUAUCCUGAAAUUUGGACAUUGGCUCUGCUCUUCCUUGCUGGCUAUAUGACCAUCCACCACUGA